AUGUUUCGGUCGCUUUACAUUUUCGUUCUAGUUUUGUGCUUUUCGCUCCAGCUGUAUGCACAGACUAGUGAACCGACCAUCUUCGUCGAAAGUAUCAACCCUACCGCGACUGUGUACGGAGGAAAUGUAGUUGGUACAUCUAAUCAGACGACUUUAUGGGUAUCGAGUACGCCUACACCAACGGGGAUAGUUUUGACCACGACAACGAUCACUAGGAGUGGAUCUGAGGAAGUUUCGAUAUUUGCGGUAUCAGAUACCACAAAUUCAAAAAGUUCAAUUACACCAAUAGAAGAACUGAGCGCAACCAGUACCCCCGAGUCAGUAUUCAACACCACUGUAAUUCCAGUCACUACACUUGAAACCACGACUACAAUCCCUCCACCCGGGCCCGCACAGAUAAUCACCGAGACUAGCACUAGUCUCCUUACGACCACCACCCUCUCACCAACUGCUUCAACUGCCACCCCAAUACCCUCUCCCGAGAAGGCUUCUCGUAAAUUGCCACCUGCAAUGAUCGCAGCUGUUUCUGGCGGCGGCGGCGCAGUCGUUCUCUCUCUUUUAGGUCUUGGGCUUUUUGUGUGGAUCCGCCGUCGCCAGGUAGAGGAACCAGAGUUUAUUCCUGAACCUGUAAGGUCGCCAAGGUCGCCGCCGGCGAUAGUGAUGUAUGUGGAGAAGAGAGAAGAUGGGGGGUAUAUUGAUAUUGAGAAGGAGGAAGGGGAGACAGGAUGGGACAUGGAUCCGAUGUAUGUUGGGAACUAUGGGAGAGGGCGCGUUUAG